UCCCCUUUGUUCAUGGGGGUGUCCAGCCGGGGCUGAGGGAAGGCACGGAGGGGGUCGGUGCCUCCCGCUGCCCCAUGGCCGUCGCUGAGGGGGCGGCCGUGCCCUACGCCGUGGAGCUGGGGCUCACCGUGCUCCACACGGCGCUCUACGGCGCGCUCUUCCUCUUCGCCUACCUGCAGCUCUGGCUGCUGCUCUGCUACCGCGAGCGGCGGCUGAGCUACCACACGCUCUGCCUCUUCCUCUGCCUGCUCUGGGCAGCCCUCAGGACCACGCUGUUCUCCUUCUACCUGCAGAAUUCCCUGCAGGCCCUCCGCCUCCAGCAGCCCUUCGCCCACUGGCUCCUGUACUGCCUGCCCGGCUGCCUCCUCUUCUCCAGCCUCUGCCUCCUCAACCUCUACUUCGCCGAGGUCAUAUUCAAAGUGAAAUGUGCAGCUGAAUUCAACAAGUACAAGGUCCUGCUGUACCUGGGCUCCAUCUUCACCAGCCUCCUCUUCCUGGUUGUGAAUUUGACUUGUGCAAUGUUGAUCCACGGGGAGGUCCCCGAGAACCAGCUGAGGUGGACGGUCCUGGCCCGUGCCCUGGUCAACGACAGCCUCUUCAUCCUCUGUGCCAUCUCGCUGGCUGGCUGCAUGUGCAAGCUGGGAAAGAUGUCUUCAGCCAACGUCUACCUCGAGUCCAAGGGAACAUCUGUCUGCCAGGCUGUUCUUGUGGGAUCUGUAGUGGCUCUUCUGUAUUCCUCAAGGGCCUGCUAUAACCUGGUAGCUGUGGCCAUAUCUCCAGACAAUGUUCCUGGUCCUUUUAACUAUGGCUGGGACAACCUUUCAGACAAGGUGCACGUGGAAGUGAGCAGCGAGGAGUACGUGGUGUUUGGAGUGGUCCUUUUCCUCUGGGAGCUGGUGCCAACGACUUUCGUGGUGCUGUUCUUCCGGGCUCAGAGGCUGAGCCAGAACCUGACUCCAGCAGGGAUGGUGAACAGCCACAGUUACAGCUCCAGAGCCUAUUUCUUUGACAAUCCGAGGCGCUACGACAGCGACGACGACCUGUCACGGCUCGGGGCCAGAGAAGGAGGCUUGGCCACCCCUCAGUGCUCAGGCUUCUACGGCUCCCUGGCCGGGAACGACAGCGGGACCCCCGCGGACAGCGCGCCCUUGCUCUGCGCCGCCGGCGGCUCGGAGAGCAACCACCACAGCUCAUACCCCGCCCCACAGAACUGAGGAGGCUCCCUCCAUUCCCAGAGUGGCAUUCAUGUAUAGGAUUGUAACCUGGUUUUCUCUUUUCCUCCUCCUCCUCCUCCCCUGAAGCAUCUAACUCAUGACACAAACAUUCCACGACCUGCCGCAGCUGCGCGCGGGACUGAGCCGAAGGCUGCGGGCAGUAAGUAAGAGAACUGUGACUUUAAGGUACCAUGUAGCAAAGUGAAGCUGAACUCUCUGGAAGCUUUUUCUUGGUCUGGUCUUCAAGAUGUUGGCAGCUAAAUGCACCAGAGCUUCCUCACUAGAAAAGAAACAUCAAAUGCGUAUUUGCACUUUUAUCUGCACACUUGGAAGGAACGAAUCUUGCUCAGGCUCUGCUUGGUCUGAGACUGUUCUAGUUACUCUUUUAAUUGCACAUCCAUAGCUGGGAGAGGCACUGUCUUCCUGCAAAGGCGUGUUCCGUGAAGUACUCUGCAUCCUGACUCGCUGGGAGCGGGAGCUCUGUCCGGGCAGGGCCUCCUGUGCUGGAUGCUCGAGCUUUCUGUGCCAUAUUCCCACCUGGCAGGGCUGGGUGAGGCCUCGGGGCUGAGGGGGGUCUUGCUCUGACUCCUGAUCCUCGUCCCACAUGGCUGCUGACCUGUCCCUCCUGGGCCUGUGGCUCAGAGCUGAGGGGGAGGUCUGUUCCUACUGGCAUUGUGACCAACCUGAUGACAGAGGGAGAGGGCUGGCUUUUCCCUUCAGGGAGAGCUUGGAGCUGGCUCAGCAGGAGUGUGUGUGCAGGAAUGUGUGUGAAUCCAGGGCUGCUGGACCCCGGGGGUGCUGAGAGCAGCCCUGCUCCCCCCUCCUCGUCACCCACGGUGGGGUCCCCUCGUCCCCCUCAGUAUUAAAUUGCAUUUAGCAGAUAACCAAGAGGUUUAACCUGAAGUGAAUGUGAACUGGUGGGUCCCCACUGAUGUGCAGGAGGUGUCUGGCUGCCUGUGGAGCGUGCUGUUGCAGAGGGAAGGGGCAGAAAUCACAGGGAUCUGAUCCCUGGGCUCCUUGCUCUGCCCUCCAGGGCCUGGAGCCCUCCCACUGGAGUACACAGGGUGUGAGUGCUGGGUCAGGCUGGGAGAGGCUCCCCUGUCUCUCCUUAACCAAAGUAGCCAAGUUGGAUCCCGGCCUGGGCUCUUGGAGAUGAGGCUUGGUGUCAUUCGUGGCUUGUCCCUGAGCCUGCUGUGGGGAUGAGCGAAGCAGCUUUGGAUGGAGGCCCUGCUCCAGUGGGAGCUGCUCUGGCCACUGGUGCCAACCCACACUGGAACUGCUUUUAACCUGCCUUGUGCUGCUCAAACCCCAGGCUGACCCUGGGCAGGGAGUGCUGUGGUGGGACAAUGUUCUGGGAGCUGGGGGGACCCUGAGGCAGCCUCUGUGUCUGAGCUGUGUGUGAGGGAACCCCCAGCCCUGGGGCAGCCCCGGCCUCUCCUCACCAGCAUGGCCUGGUCACCCCUCACCUCUUGCUUGUGCUGGGCUCGAUGUCACUUGUCCCACCCAGUCCCUGUGCGUGGUCUGUGCUGGCCCCUUCCUUGCUCACCUGCUUCACUCUCCCUGGCCCAAAAAGAGCAGCAAGCCCUGCUUCUUUUUGGAGAAGGCAAAGAUGGCAACUCUCAGCACAUCCCUCGCUCGAGUACCCGACCCAGAGCUCCACCCUGGCUGCUCACCUGUCUCCUGGCAGGAACAGGUCGCUCCAUCUCAAUCACUGCUUGGCUUAUGGCAAAGCUGAUGAAGGGCCCAGUGUGUCCCCCUUCCUUCUGCUCCCAUAAGUCACCAAAGACAGUAAGUGACGCUCGUGGCCCCUGUUCUUGCUUAAAUUCCAAAGCACUAGGAGCACUUUAAGUUUUUCUUUGGAGGGAAAGGAGUGUAGUGCAAAAAAAAAAUUAAAAAAAAAAAAAGAAAAAAUAGUUAAAAAAAAUACAAAAUCCAAGGGCUACAGGCUCAUUGUUCCUAUUGCACUGAAGCACACACCCACACUACGAUCUUCCUGGAUUUGGGAUGGCAGGUCAGGGCAGUGAGUCUCGUUGCUGAUGGACCCCUGAGCGACUGGCAAAGCGUUUGGGUUUUACUCCUUUGUCCGGUGGUUUCCGAUCCGGCCGCUCCUCCCGGGGCCGGUCCCGUGUUUUACUGAAGUAAUUUAUAGCUGAGAAGUACAAUGACUUUUUUAAUGCAUAGUUGCCUUUCAUUAAACUUUCUUUUUUGGGUUUGUUUUGUUUUUUUUUUUUUUUUUUUUUUGGUAUGGUUUAACAGUGUUUUGGCUUUGCAGUUGGGCAGCAGCUGCUGCGCCAGGAGCUGUGGCCAAUGAAUGUACCUAUUUGUUCUUCACUAAACUGUAACCAAGCACUACUCUGUUGAAAUAAAUAAAAAAAAAAAAA